AUAAUGGAACGGUGGUCUGGUAAAGUUGCAAUAGUAACUGGAGCGAGUUCUGGUAUUGGCGCAGUAAUUUCUCGGGAACUUGUAACACAUGGAUUAAAUGUCCUCGGUAUUUCAAAUCAAGAAGAUCGGUUGAAAAGUUUAUACCAAAAUCUAAAAAACUUAAAGGGCAAAUUUCAUUAUUUGUGUUGUGAUGUCGAAAAAGAACAAGACAUACUUUACGCUUUUGCGUAUGUUAAUGAAAAAUUUGGCGGCGUUGACAUUUUAGUGAACAAUGCUGGAAUAAUUAGAGAAAGCACAUUUCAAAACGUAAAAACAGAAGACUUACGUGCUGUUUUGAACGUUAAUGUUCUUGCACCUGCAAUAUUUAUCAGAGAAUCGCUUAAAUCAAUGCGCCUGCGUAAAAAUGAAGCGCACAUUAUUAACAUUAACAGUUUGGUUGGUAUCAAUGCAGCGACGACAAUGCCGAUAAAUAUUUAUCCAGCUUCAAAAUUUGCACUACGUGGUAUGGCUGAUACACUUAAAAAUGAACUCGAAUGGUAUAAAGAUAAUAUACGAGUCACGGGAAUCCAUCCGGGAUUGGUAAAUACGGAAAUUUAUGGUGAUUCCGUGAUAUUUAAUAAACUAAAAACUAAAUUGCCAGUAGUGGAACCCAAAGAUGUCGUUGACUGUGUUAUAUUUGCACUUUCAGCGCCGCCUAAUGUACAAUUGCAUGAAAUAACCGUCACUGGAGUACCCAAGAAGUAAUUACGGUGUAACUGAGCUUAGAGACAAGGAAGACAUGAGCAAGAUGGACCAAUUUUUUGUUGACUUCACCUGUCACUUUUCAAUUAUCAAUGAUUUAUACAAAAAAAGUGUAUUAAGUAGUUUUGCAUUGGGGAAAAACAA